UCGUACGGGAUCGUACGGGAUCGUACGGGAAAAACGCUCGAUGACGAAUAUUUUUGGCUACUGUAGUCUCAGCCGUUUAAAUGCGGCCGUUCAAAAAAUGUUCCCUUUUUAAAAGGCUGUAUCUCUAAUUGACAUAAGAAAACCAAUAUCCGUUCAAAAGUGAUCACUACCUACUCGUCAACUGAGUCUGUCUAAACUAAAGAGGUAUUUGACAAGCAGCAAUCGUUCUCAGGUGAUACAGAACGCGAAAGCCGGAAGUCAUAUCUCAUGUCUCAUUAUUUGCUACUUCCCUUGCUUAAUUUUCGGUCGGCAUCACAAGGGAAAUUGACAGCCAAUACGCGAGAUACAACACAGAUAAACAAAUGAAUCGCUAGAACCCCUUGUUGUGCGUAUAAACAGCCUUGUGAGCGCAGGUCCACAUUUAUAGUGUGCUCCGUUUGUUAACGGCAGAACAGAUGUCGCGCCCGUCUUAUAUACGUCUUUUCCAACGCUCGACCUUUGCUUUACUUUGUGGCCGAUGAACUUGAACAGAGUUGAUAGCUACACCUAGGACAUACUCAACAGCUGCGAUGACCCAUCGCAAACGAGCAGUUCAACUGAACAGUUCCAACUACUUACUUGGCUUUACUAGCAAUGGCGCCUAGACGUUAACAUUGCGAACUGUGUUACUUCUAUAAGAUGGAGAUCGAAAGAUGGCUUGAGUGGUAACGAUGCCACAUGAGCUGACCAUCGCAAGGAGCCACUUCGCGAGCGUGAGGGAUUCGACGCUUAGAGAAACACGACCUGGACGAUAGGUUCCAGUCAGCAAACGAAACUAAAGCUCGCCCGCCCGGAAGGAAGGCAGCUCCAUGUAGUAAAGCAAAUGCAAAUUUCACUGUUUUUCUUUCUACGACAAUUUAUUCGCACCAGCCUUCUCUAAAGAAAGAAGAUGGUAUAUGAGGUAAAAAAGCCUUGGUAAGGGAAAAAGGGACAUUUUCGUUUGUUACUUGAACGUUUGGUGGGCUAGUAAGGUGAGGCAGUGUUAGCCGGUAACGAUAACUGAGUCAACUGAUGGGCGCCGCCUGAAACAGCUGUUAAGCCUGCAGCUAUAACUGGAUGAUGACAGCAGCCAACCUAAAAAAAAAACACCAAGCCUAAAAAGAACCAGUCGGAGAGUCGAGAACAAUUAAGCUGUCACUGUACAUUUCAACGCUAAAAUUGUUUAGUGGGAAAUUGCUCGUUAUUGAAGCAGUGGGAAAUCGAUGGAGCGAAACAAAAAGGGUCAAAGACAAGCAUACUAUCAGCAUCGAACAGGCUUGCAAGGUCAAGCGCGACCAUGCAGCUGCGUAGCUAGUAGGUAAACCCGCCUCCACUAUUUAUCAAGAGUUGCAGCAUCUUCGACGUUCGCCGGACGGGAGAAACAUUUUGCAUGAUUUCUCUUGCUGGUUGCCGAUGAUCAUGGAUCUGCGGUGAUAGAGACUAUUCUCUUGUGGCCCACCUGGUAGGACCUGGAACAUGUGACCCUUUUGUUAUGCGGCGACAGUAUUAGUGUUAGCGGUUCGCCUCGUCGCUAUCUCCUUCGUGGCCAUCCUCCUCCAGGAAACUCCUUCAGGAUGGCUACUCCCCGUCAGCCGCGCAAACAUUGUCGUUCGCAUCCGUCAUUUGGUUGGUUUUUCUCACCCUCUCUCAUCUAACUUUUCUCUUGGAGUGCUGGUAACGGUGAUCGCAGCAUCCCGCGUGAAAUUUACGGCUUAUAGUCCUGCUUUCCGUGGGCCAUCUACCUAAUCUCCGAACCAACCUACCUCUCGAGUCGCAUUGGUCACUGGUAAUACGUAGUGUCUGCUUUGUCUUGGGCAGCACUUAGUGUAGGCACACAGUCUUUGCAACCAUUACCUGUAGAACAAGAUCACAUCGCUGCGUCUCUUGCAGUAAAAAAACCGCCCUACAACGGACCUCAGCAUCACAGGGAGUGUUAGGAAGCAACGUAUCCGAUAAGAAUCAAGCUGCGAUCAGGUACUUUUGUGCCCAAGCCCCUAAAGGAAGGCGUUCCUACUACACAGAUAAGUUAACCAUACCACUAAUGUCGCAUUGCUCAAAGGUAUGCCAGAAGCGAAGUGACCGCUGCUUCCCCUGUGGAUGACAAUGAAAACAAAAUCGAUGGAAUUAUGCUGCUCGUUCUGAUAUAGCAAAAACCAGAAGCAAGGAGUCCUGUGCAUAUGACGCUGUGGGGUCGUUGAAGUGCGGUGUAUGGUACGGCAAAUUACUGGACGUAAAAAUUCGAAAUACAUUUUUAGUCUUGCGAAGUUCAGUAGCAGAGCAGUAACCAGUCUUGGGCGCAAAACCCUAAAAAGAAGCAUCUUAAGUAUUUGUUGUCAAAGUACGCUGAACGCGCACGUAAGUGUUAUUAGUGCACCUGAACAUCGUCUUCGCCAGGGGACGUGUCAUUGUAUCAUCGUCGAUCUCAUUACAAUCCGGUCGGAGUCGUGGGCUCCGGAAUAGAUAGCUGCAGUCAUGUUGGAUGAUCCGUCGGACGUAAUGUGGAUAGUUGUGCUCGGAUUUAUCGUCGCCUUCGUCCUUGCUUUCGGAGUUGGUGCGAACGAUGUGGCCAAUUCGUUUGGAACUUCUGUAGGAGCCAAGGUACUAACUCUGCGACAAGCUUGUAUCCUUGCGUCAAUAUUCGAAAUCCUGGGAGCAGUAUUAUUAGGCUAUAUGGUAUCGGACACGGUUCGUAAAGGCAUAUUCGACACGGAAAUGUAUGAAGGUCAAGAAAAAACCUUGAUGCUCGGUAACUUGGCGGCCUUAAUCGGUUCUGCCAUAUGGAACGUAAUAGCGACGCAUCUCGCUCUUCCCGUAUCGGGCACCCACUCGAUUGUUGGCGCAGUCCUGGGCUUCACGAUUGCCGCCCGAGGAUUUAAGGGCAUCAGCUGGGAAAAUUUGUUAGGAAUCGUGUCGUCUUGGUUCAUCUCACCUGUACUCUCCGGUAUCAUAUCAUUCCUCAUUUAUUUCAGUAUCAAAUAUCUUGUGCUAUCACAGGCGGAGCCACUUGAACCGGGGCUACGCAUGCUCCCGGUCUUCUACGGGCUAACGGUGUUCGUUAAUGUUUUUUCGGUUGUACAUAACGGGCCGUCUCUGCUCUUGCUUGAUCGACUUCCGCUCUGGGGUGCCCUAUUUCUAUCAAUUGGGAUUUCCGCCGGUGUAAUGGUUUUCAUCUGGUCAUUCCAGGUACCUAAACUCCGCCGAAAGAUAAAAAGCUCUUCGGAUUUCCGAGCGAUUCCCUCGACCACCCACGAGAUUUCAAUGUCUCCAAAUUGUACCGACGGGACUAAUACAACCAGUAAGGCUACCUUUGCAAAGUACGGUAACGACCGAAGAUCAUCAAUAGCCUCGAUCGAAGUCGCUAUCCUCGAGACAAAAACCCAGGAAGAAGAGGAUAAACCGGAAAUUAGCAGACUCUUUUCCUUCCUGCAGGUGCUGACUGCUAUCUUUGGAUCGUUUGCCCAUGGUGGCAACGAUGUGUCAAACGCGAUUGGCCCGCUUGUUGCCCUUUACAUGGUUUACACUUCUUCCAGCGUCCAGCAGACAGGUGAUGUUCCGCUUUGGAUCAUGCUCUACGGUGGCAUCGGAAUCUGCGUUGGUCUAUGCCUUUGGGGCCGAAAGGUCAUUCAAACAAUAGGAGAAGAUCUGACCAAGGUAACACCCUCUAAUGGAUUUUCUAUUGAAAUUGGGGCCGCCACAACUGUACUGUUGGCAUCGAAAAUUGGUCUACCCAUUUCGACCACUCAUUGCAAGGUGGGUUCGAUUGUUUUCGUAGGCUGGGCAAAAUCGCAAAAAGCUGUUGACUGGAGCCUAUUCAAGGGAAUUGUGGCUGCCUGGCUGUUAACGCUCCCUAUCACAGGUGGAUUAACAGCGGCAGUUAUGACUGUACUGAUGAGGUUUGUCGACAACGUUCAUUGAUACUGUAGGGUGCCCAAGAGCAACAGAGACGCCAGACGUGGCUGGAUCAGCAGCCAUCAUUAAGACCACCGCGUGACCAUAAUCUAUGUCUCGUUUGUCCUCAGGACUACUGUGAGAGAUAGGAAGGUUCAAAAAACCGAAUGGAACCAUAAAGAGUCUAUAGCCGGUCACAUUGGAACCUUUUUACAACGAAAACAUUGCUUGUUUUGUUUAUCAACCCACUCGAACCUAGUAAUUUCACCAGGUGACGCCAUACACUCAUUCGGGAACACAGACGGGUGCGCGAGUAGUUGGACGGCCGCAUCGAGGAAUCAAGUUGAAUUAGAAGGCACUAUUAUGUACUUUAGCAUACAGCAACAAUCUUGUUAAUAAAUAUGAUCUUUUCUGCGAUUUUAUCUACGAUCAAUAGAUAAUAUUACUGCGUUAUUAAGCAAUGAUUAUCCCAAGGUAAACAUACGAGAAAAUAAAGUUUGAUGAUUUUAGAUAAUUGCGCUAAGAUGCAAAUUUUGCAUAUGGCCACAAACGACUCACAGGACUGAUCAUGCGAAACGUAAAUGUGGGCGUUUUGUUUAGAGUCCUAAAAUUAGUGGAACACGUUUAACUAAAAGCACACGAGUGCCAUUACGGCUCCGAUAUCCGUCGUGAGCAAUUUUCGUCUCGAACAAAUGCUCUAAGAACGACAUCGCUUGCCAUUGCCCACCCCAACAACACUCGCAGAGUUGGACACCUACUGAAACUACAAAUGUGGGCAACAGGGGGUUGUUGGAGGACUCGGGGGAGUCAUAGUUGCUGUUUGUAGAUAUGUAUUAACAGGAAAUGGUUCUGAACUGAGAUAUACUGAACGUCUUUGUGGCCGUUUCAAGUAUGUAUAGUCAAUUGCGGAUCUGCUGCACUUCCUGUCAACUGGAAACUCAGCAGUGCAAUGAAUGAUGUGAGUGAUAAGCUAUGCUUAGUAUUUAUGUCAUAAAAAGAUACCUGUGAAUGCCUUGGA